UUGGGCGGCGACGGCGACGGCGACGCGCCCCAGAUCGCCUGGGCCCGCAGCCUGCAGGACAAGGGCGCCGUCGCGUUCCCCGGCCGGGUCGAGGGCUUUGUGGCCGUCGGGGAGGAGGAUCGGCUCGGGCUCGGGCUGCUUUAUGCUGUGUGCAGUGACCCGAUACGUGGACCGAACUUGCCUGGGCGUGAUCUUCCUGUUUAUAGCAACUACUUUUACAGGGACGAGUACGAUCACAUCCAGACCGGCCCGGACAUAAACCCAACCUUGUCCAGGUUUUGCACCCGUCAAAAAGAAGACCUCUUCAGACUAAAAGACAUAUCCACAAUCACCUGGGACCCCGCCACCGAGAGCAUCGUCCUGACCUCCUCGGCCGGCGCCCACAGCAGCACCAUGGUCCGCAGGCUGCGCCUCAACCGACACGACGACGACGACGACGGCGACGACACCCCAACCUGGCCGCCCAACCGCCCCGCCGGCUUCUCGGACCACGUCGGCAAGCUCCCGCCCGUCUGGGCCUGCGCCGUCGCGCCCCGGGCCAGCAGUGCGGGCCCGUACCUCGCCCUGGGCACCGACCGCGGUGUCCUCGUCAUGCACGACCACCACGCCGCCGCCACCACAGACGGCCGCCGCCGCAGCACCGUGACGGGCAUAUCGGCGCCGCCGCGUCGUGGGAGCGCCGCCCCGCCAAACGUCGUCCCCGGCGGCGAGGUCUUUGCCCUCGACUUUGUCGGCGGCCACCCGCACGUCCUGGCCUGCGGCGGGAGGGGGCCGGCGGGCGUGUGCGUGGCGGACCUGCGCGAGGAGCGGGAGUGGCGGCGGGGCGCGUUCGCGGCCACCGAGGGGGGGAUCUGCGAGGCGAGGGUUGAUGUUGUUGCGGGAGGUCCCCUGAGAAGCGUCGUUACGAGCUUUAGCGGCGCCGCCGCCGGGAGGAGGAGGAGGAUGCUCUACAGCGACGGCAGCGUCCUUCCGCAGAACGGCAAGGAGCCGCAGACGGCGCUGCUCUGCCACCCGGGCCACGGCGGUGACGCGCGGUAUGCGGGGCUCGUGUUCCCCGAGGGCGUGGCGAGCGCGGUGCCGUACGGGUCGGGCCGGGGCGGCGGCGGCGGCGGCGACGACUACAAAAGCGUGCGCUGGCUGCAGGCGGCGCGCGAGCCCGUCGUCAACCACGUCGUGUCACUGAACCGUCACCAGCUGCUCACGACCGGCAUCGAAGGCCGCAUGCACGUGUGGGACCUGCGGCGGCCGGGAGGGGUGCCUUAUACGACCUUCCCCGCCUUCAAGAACACGGCCACGGUCCGCGGCCUCGGCCUAGCCGUCGAAAAGACGCUGGGCGUCGUCGCCGCCGCCAACGACGACGGCUCGGUGCGCCUGCACUCGCUGCGCUCGGGCCUCCCGCUGCCCUCGCCCGCGCUCGACGGGGCGUUUCCCGCGUCGUCGUCGUCGUCGGCGCUGCCGUGCCCCCGCCUCCAGUGGGCGGAGCUGCCCGGCGACCGCGCCCCGAGCCUGUUCGCCGCCCGUGGCGCCACCGUCUGCAAGUUCUCGUCGGGCGUCGACUCGCGCCUGCGCGGGGACGAGUUCUCCGAGUAGGCGUGGUGUGUUGUGAUGUGGUGUGCAGUGCGGCGUGCUGCUAGUGCGAGGCGUUUUGCGAUGUUUUUCUCUUCUUUCACUUUUCGCAGUUCACACAACCUCUGUAUCAGGAGGGCGUUCGCAAUGUGCGCAACUGCAGCCAUGUUUUCUUUUUCCUUCUAUAAACGCCACAUGUACGCUCGAGGCACUCGGCACACCCUAUCCACCGCAUAGACUGCCACGUACGCCCCUAGUAGUUUGUUUGUCUGACCUGCCUAGCUUUCUCGAUCGAGCAACGCCGGUCUUGGAGGACGGGCACAGCUCUCGUUUAGCGACAGGGCUGAUUAAAUAAAGCAUAUCCGAUGCGGCGGCAAGCAAAACGCCGGUAAAUAUGCACCCAACAUAACGACGCCAACCCUCUCAAGACCUAUUCGCCCGCUCCUCGAUAUCCUCCUGUGCGCCGUCUCUGCCGCCGUCCUCUCCUUUUAUUUUGAUUAUAUAUUCCCAGCCCCUGUCGUCUAUAGCUAUUUUCCCCAAGUUUUGACUUCAAUGUCC